AUGGCCCAAAAGAAAUACCACGGCCACGCCGAGCGCCCAAACGUCGGCCGGUGCUGCCCGGCGAAAAUAAUCCAUGUACUCUCGGGGCACAUACCAGGGCGUGCCGCCCGUGGAGUUCCCGAGCAGCGAAAAAAGGAGGUCCUCGAUAGCAGAGACCUGGACAAAUGGGGCGAAGCAGAAGACGUCGCGCAGGCGCUCCGCGAUUUCUUUACCGCCGAGGACGACUACCAGGCCUUCUAG